AGCAAUGCACAGAGCAGCCCUGUAGCCGACUUCCAUCACCUUCACCAUGAGGACAGCCCCUGUGCGCGUGCUUCUGACCUUGGCGCUUUGCCUUGUGCGAGAUGCUUCCAGUGAGGAUGCAAAUCAGGAAACAUGCAGUGAAUUUCAGGCAUUGCUGGAAAAUGGAAAAUUGUUCUGUCCUCAAGAUAACAAUCUUUUCCAAAUCCCUGUUGAAAUAGCAUUCAUCAACAAAUGUGUCACAUGCAAAAAGAUAUUAGAAAAUGCUACAAAAUCCCAGGAAAGGGCUGUACAUUUAGCAAGAGUCACUAGAGACACUGCCCAAGUAAAGCUGAAUUGCAAUGACUUCAGGAAAGGAGAAAAAGAUGGAGGUUUUAGUUGCACUGAUGGUGAAGCUGCUGUUUGUGGCACAGAUGGAAAAACAUACCGCAACAGAUGUGAGCUGUGUGCGGAGAAUGGGAAAACUGGGUCUCAAGUUGGCAUAAGAAGUGAAGGAGAGUGUGGGAGCAGUAAUUCAGUGGAGGAUAUAUGCAGGGCUUAUCGGGCCUAUGUGGAAGAUGGAAGACUUGGAUGCACAAGGGAGAGUGAUCCAGUUCUUGGUCCUGAUGGGAGGACACACGGCAACAAGUGUGCGAUGUGUGCCGAGCUCUUUUUAAAAGAAGCCGAAGAAAAUGCCAAGCGAGAAGGUGAAAAGAGAAUUCGACGAAAUGUUGAAAAGGCUUUUUGCAAGGAAUAUGAAAGACAAGUGAGAAAUGGAAGACUCUUUUGCACACGAGAGAGUGAUCCGAUCCGGGGCCCUGAUGGCAAAAUGCACGGGAACAAAUGCUCCCUGUGCGCUGAGCUCUUCAUGAAACAUUUUUUAGAAGAAAAAAGUAAAGCUGAUCAAAAUUUGAGAAAACCUAAAGAAAAAAUAGUAAAAAGAGAAGCCGAAAUUGAGAAGCUCUGCAGUGAAUAUGAAGAACGUGCAAAGAAAGGAAUACUUUUCUGUACAAGAGAAAAUGACCCUAUUCGUGGUCCCGAUGGGAAAAUGCAUGGCAAUGUGUGCUCCAUGUGCCAUGCCUUCUUCCAAAAGAAAUUUGACAAAAAGGAAAAGGUUGAGGUCCUCGCAAGAAAGAAAAGAACACCUGUGAGAAAGCUUUCAUUUGAAGACUAUUGCCAUGAAUACCGAAAGAGAAUGAAGAAUGGAUUAAUCGCUUGCUCCAGAGAGGGUGAGCCCUUCCAGGGCCCAGAUGGAAACACAUAUGACAACUACUGCAUCAUGUGUCAAACAUACUUUGAAGCAGAACAUGCAAAAAAGGAAAGACAAUCAAGACCUAAAAGACAAUCUGUGAACACAGUUUUUUUUCAGGAGCUGUGUAGUGGAUACCGCAAAUCCAGGAGGAAUGGACAACUGUUCUGCACCAGAGAGAAUGACCCCAUCCGGGGCCCAGAUGGGAAGAUGCAUGGCAACACCUGCUCCAUGUGCGAGGCCUUGUUCAAGGAAGAAGACAAAGCAAAAGCAAAGGCUAAAAGAGAAGCCAUAAAGGAAAACUGCAGUGAGUUUCGAAACUUAAUGAGGAAUGGAACACUCAUAUGCACUAGAGAUAAUGAUCCCGUUCUUGGCCCAGACGGACAAAUGCACAUGAACAAGUGUGCCAUGUGUGCCAGUGUGUUUAAACUUGAAGAAGAGGAGAAGAAAAAUAAUACAGAAAAGAACAUUGAAGCUGAAAAAGUUAAGAGGGAAGCAGUAGAGGAGCUGUGCCGUGAAUACCGACAAUAUGUGAGAAAUGGACACCUUCCCUGCACUAGAGAGAACGAUCCUAUCGAGGGUCUGGAUGGGAAGAUCCACGGCAAUACCUGCUCCAUGUGUGAGGCCUUCUUCCUUCAAGAAGCAAAAGAGAAGGAAGAUAAAUCCAACGGAAAAGUUAAAAGAGAAGCUGAAAAGGAUACGUGCAGUGAAUAUCGGAGUCUUGUGCAUAACGGAAUUCUUUUCUGUACACGAGAAAAUGACCCUGUGCGUGGCCCAGAUGGCAAGACCCAUGGCAACAAGUGUGCCAUGUGCAAGGCAGUCUUCCAGAGAGAAAAUGAAGAAAGGAAGAAGAAAGAAGGGGAAAAUAAGAAACAGGAUUCGAAUGGUGGAGGAGGGAAAGGGCAGGACCCAUGUGCCGAGUUCCGGGACAUGAUGAGAGACGGCAAUCUUGCCUGCACUCGGGAGCAUGACCCUGUGCGUGGUGCAGAUGGGAAAUCAUACAACAAUAAGUGUGGCAUGUGUAAAGAAUUACUACAAAGAGAAGCAAAGGAAAAAGAAAAGAAUUCUACCUUAAGAUAUGAUAAGACUGAGUCAGCAUCAGGAAAGGAUGUAUGUGAUGAGUACAGAAGCCAAAUGAAAAAUGGAAAACUUACCUGCACUAGAGAAAGUGACCCUGUCAGGGGUCCAGAUGGAAAGACACAUGGCAACAAGUGUGCUAUGUGCAAAAACAGACUGGAAAAGGAAGCAGCUGAAAGAAAAAAGAAAGAGGAAGAAGGCAAGCAAAAGACAGGAGAAAAGAGCAAUGACAACAAGCAGGAUCAGUGCUAUGAGUUCCGGAGCAAGCAGAAAGAGGGAAGACUUGUCUGCACCAGAGACAACAGCCCCUUCCGAGGCGUCGAUGGGCAGAUGUAUGUCAACAAGUGCGCGAUGUGUCAAACCAUCUUUGAAAGAGAAGCUAGAGAAAGAAAAAAAGAGGAUGAAGAAAAAUCAAAGUCCCAAUCCUCAAAUGAUACAAAGGACCAGUGCAAAGAGGAAGCAGAAGAUGCAAGGCUUAGACAGGCUGCAGGUUCCUUGGCCUACGUUGGCAUGAGUGCAGAUGAGUGCAGUGACUAUCGGAAGAACGUGAGGAAUGGUGAGCUGACCUGCACGCGCGAGAAUGACCCUGUGCGUGGUGCUGACGGGAGAACCUAUAAAAACAAGUGCUACAAGUGCAGAGCUGUCUUUCAAAAAGAAGCCUUAGAAAGGGUAAAAUCUCAAGCCAAACCACCCCAUAUGAGAGCUUCUGAAGAGAGGCCAGAUUCUUCCAAUUCUUCUCUGGAUUCUGAGAUGUGCAAGCACUAUCGAGUCUUGCCCAGGAUGGGUUUCCUGUGCCCAAAGGAUUUACAGCCUGUCUGUGGUGAUGAUGGCCAAACGUACGGCAACCCCUGCAUGCUGUGUCAUGCAAACCUGAUACAGCAAACUAAUAUACACAUCCGCAGUCAAGGGACGUGUGAGGGGAGCAACUCCCCAGAGGUGGCACCUGGCAGUGCCCACACGGGACCAGUGAAACAAGGACUGAUGAAAACUACAAGGAAAACAAAUACAACCCGAAUCUGAAUCACCUGCACUUACCACCUAUGUAUAAAAAGAAUGCUUCAGAGCUCUUCUUACUUACUGUAGGAACAAUUCAGAGCUGUUGGGAUUGGACCCCCUGGCUUUCAGUUUUUUUCCAUCUCUUUCCUGCUAGACUAUGUGGUCUGAGGGCAUGGAGCAAUACCCACCCAGUCUGUGCUCUGGAAAUCUCCUCGUCAUAGUGUUGUCUGUCCAGCUGCCUGCUAAUAAAUGUAGACUCAGCAGAACACAUUUUUGGGGGGACUUGGGGGGUUUCUUUGUCAAUUCUUAGAUAUUAAUUUUUUUACAGAAGUCAGAAAAAGUCUAUCCUUUUGUUCUAUCAAGUCCAGUGAUAGACAAGAGAGUGUCCGGUCUUUGCAUACAAGUUGCUGUUGUAGAGGGGAAGGAGCAUCUAGAGGAGAUGUGAGACGCUUUGGGCUACAGGCCACCAACAGCUGUGUACAUCACCCUGCCAGCUCCCCAACCUAGCUUAUGUAUUUCCACGAAAAGCAAAACUGUCUCUCAGUUUUGUGUGCCCCAUCCAAUGAAACAAACCAGUAAGGUUUCAAACCCAAUCAUAUUGCACCUUGGCAACCCCUACACUGAAGUCUAUACCUGGGUCUGGAAAGACUAAGGAAAUGCCCACUGAUCUGUGCGAGUCUUCAGAGUAGCCCCUCUCUAACAGAAAUGUAGUGCAAGCCAGAUGUGCAAUUUUAAAUUUUCUAGUAGCUACACAAUGGCUAAAGCAAUUUUAAUAAUUUAUUUUGUGUAGCCUAGUAGAACAAUGAUAUCAAUGUAACCAUGAUAAACUUUAUAGUUCACAAAGUUUUUUACAUUGGUGCAUAUUUUACACUUUCAGUGUUUCUCAAUUUAGGCUGCUCACAUUUCAAAGUCUCAACAGCUGCAUGUGGGUAGAGGUUUCCAUACUAGAAAAUGCUGCUCUAUCAUGAGCUAACAGAUAUGGGAGAUCUCAGGAGGAA